GUGCUUCUGCAGUAGUAAUGCUUCUGCAGUAGUAAUGCUUCUGCAGCAGCAGUAGUGCUACUGCAGCAGCAUUACUACUGCUGCUACUGCAGUAGUAGUAAUUCUGCAGCAGCAGCAGCACUACUGCUGCAGAAUUACUACUGCAGCAGCACUACUUCUGCUGCUACUGCAACAGUAGUAGUGCUGCUGAAGAUGUUGCUAAUUUUGCAAGGAAAAAAAUCUCAAAAAGUUCAUCUCCGGUGUUAAUUUCUUUCACGUGAUGAACAAAAACCGAUAGACAUUGUCACGACUCUCCCUCUUUAUAUAAACGCUGUGCCGAUCCUUGCUAUAUAAAUAUGUUUAUUUAAGAUAUCUUGGUUAAAUAUUAGUUUUUAUCAUCAUAGGCCCUAGGCGCAGUGCCUACUGUGGCCUAUGGGAUAACGCGGACCCUAGGGGAUAACGCGGACCCUAUGGGAUAACGCGGUCCCUAUGGGAUAACGCGGACCCUAGGGGAUAACGCGGACCCUAGGGGAUCCCCUCGGCACCCGCGGCUCGCCGCCCCUCCCCUUGGGGGCGUGCGGGGCGCGAUUCGCCGCGGCCCCUUGGCGCGAGGGAGGCGGAGACCACGCGCACUGUACUCGCUACAGUAGCCGCCCGACUCUACACACCGGCACACCGCUCUCUCCUCUACUCUCUCUCUCUCCACUCUCUCUCCUCUACUCUCUCUCUCCACACUCUCCACUCUCUCUCCACUCCCUACUUUACACACUACGCUACACACCAGCACACCGCUCUCUACUCUCUCCACUCUCUCCACUCCCUACUCUACACACUACGCUACACACCGGCACACCGCUCUCUACUCUCUAUCCACACUCUCUCCCCACUCUCCACUCCCUACUCUACACACUACGCUACACACCCAUCUCCACACACCACUCUCUCUACUGCCACUCUCCGGCAUCUGCACCGCUUCGCGGUCCAUCUUCUCUGCACAACUCUCCUGUCUCCCUACUCUCACUGCACUCCCUCGCGUGUCGCAGAGAGCGCUUCCAUUCCUUCCCGCAGCCUCCAGGCCGCAGAGCAGCGUCCGUCUUUGUCUCUCCCGCGCCAGUGUCUCAUGAGCCGAUGGCCUCCGCACUGGCCGUGGACUCGUGCGUGGACUUCUCGGCGUGGCUGAAGGCGCAGGGCGUGAAUGCCGAGGUAGCCCGGGCCAUGGACUCUGAGCUCGGCAUCCGCGACUACGGAGUCCUGCGCGCCUGCGUGGGCGACGGCCACGUCCGCGCCGAGCUCCUGGCCGCGGCACGCGACCGCCUGCCCUUCGGCUUCUACGCCGUGCUGCGCCGGGUCGUGCACUCGCUGCACCUGCCGGAGGCCGAGGGGCCGCGGUCGGAGACGGCGCUGGGCGACCUGCUGGACGUGCUGGUGGUGCUGUUCGGCGGACUCGGCCGGGAGCUGCUGCUCUCUGCGCAGAAGCUGGGGGAGUUGGACGGCGGCCGGACGACCCCGCAGGCGGCGAGGUUGAAGAGCACCACGAUGGAGGAUAACCGCGGUGAAGUGGACGAGCGUGAACUCUCAAGUAACAUUAACUGCGCAGAGUUUGGAAACUUUGAACCCCCCACAUCGGCUCAGGAUUUCGAAGCUCCUGACUGGACCAACCCGGCUGCGGGUGAAGACGACGCGCUGACCUCACCCAUGGAUUGCGCAAACGCAAACCACCUGUGGAACAGAAUUAAGCUGGAACAAGUUGAAGCCGUUUCUUCCUACGAGUCUCUGAGAGCGAUGGGCGCAGAGAAGCCGUUCCCGUGCGAGGCGUGUGGCCGGAGCUUUGCCAGCCCCGCCGACCUCAAGAAGCAUGCGGUGGUCCACGCGUCAGGCCGCUGGCCCCACUUGUGCGACGCCUGUGGCAAGUGCUUCUCCAAGGCAUCGCACCUGACGCGCCACCGCAGGACGCACACGGGCGAGCGGCCCUACGAGUGCGACCUCUGCGGCAAGGCCUUCUCCCAGGUGCCCAACCUCAAGAGGCACCGGAGGACCCACGGCGGAGAGCCACCCGUGGCGGCGUGCGCCGACUACGACGGGGGUUUCUCGCCCAGCCCACAGCUCGUGGCGCACCGGCGGCUGAAGCACGGCAAGGGCGGCACACCAUCACCGCCGCUGCCAUCAGCAUCAUAUGGAGACGGUAGUCGCGAGGAUUAAAACGGAGACUGCCCUCCGCACAUCUUACAUGUCCGCCAGCUCUCGUCAAUAAAGCGCACGUGGUUUUGUUCACACGGUGAAGUGAUUUUUGCCGCAGCGAGAAGCCAGUCCGAGCCGCGACCGCUUUCCUGCUGCUGCUCCUGCAUGUGGGCAGAUUCAAGCUCGUGGGUCCCAGGUUGGGAGAAUGUAUGUAGUAGCAACAGCAGCAGUGGAAGCAACUGUGACAGCAGCUGCUACUGCUGCUUUCACAGCUACAGCAGUAGCAGCAGCAGUGACUGCAGUGACAGCAGUGACAACCCACCCCAACUGGACAUCUCCACCCCUACUGGACAUCUGUGAAAAAGAGCUUGAUAGCUCAUCGAAUUUCUCCCAAGAUAUUAAUUUUGAUUGUUCUGAUUGAGUAGCAGUGACAGCAGUAGCAGCAGUACGAUAAACGAUGGCUUUGCGAAUCGUCGCCAAGGCUGCCGGAAGUGACGGGGUCUGUGGAGUAGUAAAUAUUACGCCACGAUGGACACUGUGAUCCUGGGUAUCGACCCCGAGCCCGACUCCGACCCCGACCCUGGGCGCGUGGCUUUCUGGAUGUGAAAAGGCUCAUGGGGGACGGCAUGGCGCUUCAGGUUUUUGUGGAAAUGCUCGCGGCGCUCCGCUCGGAAGCUGGGAGCAGUUUGCGCGUUUCUGUCACGAGAUGCGGUGUGGAGGCUCGGCAACGUCGCCAAAGAGCCUCCAGCGGGCGACGAUCGGCGUCUCGUUGCUCCGCUUUGGGUUGGGCAAUGCUCUGCACGCAGGGGCGCAUCUCCCUAUUUCAACUGGGGGGCUAUGCAAGAUUUGACUGUGGGCCCCCCUCCUUUCACCCAACUAAUUUUUACUGAAAUAGCUAUGGAUGUUUUUAACUCGUAUACAAUAAUAUGUUAGGUUAUAACUAUACUGUGUAUAUGUUGUUCUCAUAUUUUAGCUGAAUAAUUUAUCUAAACACGUUUGUACUUGUUUAUCUGUUGGGGCCCCCUUGUGGCCGACUGGGUCUCCUCUGCGUGACGUAAUGCUGCCGCGUACUCCCGCCCCCAUAGUACGCCCCUGUCUGCAUGCAUAAAAAGUGUUAGAAGGCGCUUGCACAGUUUUUGUAAUCUGGUGGCAGAUUUCCUCUUAUCUGGAGAUCAGCAAUGUUAUCAAUCCCAUCCACCGUGCAGCGAUUAACAUGACCACUGCCGGUUUCAAAGUAAUUUCUGGCGCAAUUUAUCCAAGGAUCUCAGUGAGCCAUGCACGAAGUUAAGAAAUAUAAAUAGUCCAGAGUCCACUGGUGGCAGGACAUCCAUAGUUUUGGCGCAGCGCAUGCAAAGGAUCGGUCACCCCAGGUGCAGAGUCCAGUUCUCAGCACAUGGAGCAGAUGUAAAUUAGCGGAUUAGCGAGGUCGUGACAGUACGUGUGAGUGAAUCAGCUGUUGAAUGUAAAGUGGUGCAAGGCCAUUUAAGGCCCUUGUAUGUUAGCAGCAACACUUUAAAUUGUACCCUAAAUUUAAUUGAAAGCCAAUGCAGAUAUUUUAUUACAGGUGUAGUGACUGUGAUUGUCACUGUGGGGUACCAGGCUUACGAAGCCACGGCGGAUAAUGUGUUGGCAUUAUGUGUAGCCCGCUUACUGGGCAUAGUACUAGCCCUAGCGGGACUUGGGUGAGCGCCAGUCAGCGCGGAGGCACCACGUACAGUGUGCGGUGCGGGCUCCCGGUGAGGAGCGAGAGAGUCAGCCAGCCAGGGUUACGUUUGGGGCAUGAUACGCUGGUUGACCUGCCGACAUGUGACCGCAUGAUAUUG